CUGAUUUGCACACGCGCCUCGAGCAUUACUAGUCUCUGCGUCCCAGGGCGGAGAUUGCCAGACUCGGUAUCCAGGACGACCAGACCAGAAUCUCUCUCGCUCUUCUGGCAGUCAGAGCUGCGCGCAUGAAUCUCGCAAGGCCGUGGGGCCCCCCAUUCCACAGCCACAUUUUCCAGGCUUCUAGUGCAGGGAACGGGAAAACACCCGAUGCCCGCGCGCGCAUAGCGCACAACAUUCAUGCGUCCUCCGGUGCGAAUCCUGCGCGCCCCUCCGCCAUUCCGUCCUGGGACAGGUGAGACAGGGCGAUUUGCAAGAAGUGGAAGGAAGAGAGGCUUCAGUGAGCGAGGAAGCUGCCCUCGUGCGACCAUUUCCAUGACGGUGUCAGGGCAGGGCACGGGCUGAAGCUUGCAGGAUCGCCAUGGUUCUGGGCCUCCAGCUACCGGGAGCCGCACCGAGCUUCGCCGGGCGCGUUCCGCGCUCUGAGUUUCUGCCUUUGCUUGGACCUGGGCCGGGCGACGGUGCAUCUAAAGGGAAAGACGUGAUGGAGAGAAGGCGGAAGAGCACGCUUCUGGGGGUUUCCCCCAGGCGCGUUCGCCCGCAUUCCAUGCAACUGGGAGCCGAAAACGUGGAUUUACAUCCUAUAGAAGCCCCGCGCGUGAGCGGGUCCCGGUGAAUUGAGCCUAAGCCUUGGGUGAACGUUAUGCUCGAGAUGGCUGUGAAAAUGGGGCCGCUGGAAGAGCAGCCGGCGAAGGAGAACCUAUCAGGGAAGGAGGCUAAAUGAA